AUGGAAAAAUAUCAAAGAAUCAGAGAAAUUGGGCGGGGGUCAUAUGGGGUUGUCUUUAAAGCACUGAAUACAGAGAAUGGAGAACUGGUUGCAGUCAAGAAGAUGACCGACAGAAAGUAUUAUUCGAGAAAAGAAUGCAUGAAUCUGAGAGAAGUCAGGGAAUGCUCUCUCUGGCAUCGUAUGAGACACMKAACAWAUCCCUUCUCYGAAAUCGAGAUCAGAAACYUGUGCUUCCAAAUCUUUCAAGGUCUUGCAUACAUGCAUAAYGAAGCCGGCUACUUCCAUCGCGACCUUAAACCGGACAACCUUCUAGUUUCCAAGGAUGUGAUCAAGAUUGCGGAUCUUGGUCAAGCUCGUGAGAUCAAUGGCGAACCUCCAUACACCGAUUACAUUACAACACGCUGGUAUCGUGCCCCCGAGGUUCUUCUCCAUGCGCGAGCACAUGAUUCUUCGGUUGACAUGUGGGCCAUGGGUGCCAUCAUGGUUGAAUUGUUUACCCUCCGACCAUUGUUUGACGGUUCUUCUGCAACAGAGGUAAUGCUUAAGAUUUGCAGCGUGAUCGGCACCCCAACAGAAACCACAUGGAGUUUGGGAAUGUAUCUUGCCAAUAAUAUCAAUUAUCGGUUUCCAGAGUUUCUGGGUGUGGAUCUUUCCUCAUUGAUGCCAUCUGCAAGCCCAGAAGCAAUCAAUCUGAUUUCUACCCUCCUUUCAUGGAGUCCAUGCGCAAGGCCAACAGCCAAAGAGGCACUUGAGCAUCCCUUCUUCUAUGGGUGUUAUUACCAUAUUCCACACCCCCAAUUUGACUGUGUGACUUCGUCUCGAAUGAUGAGAGACCGAGCGCUACCACUGGUAUUUAAAAUGGCGAUGCGACGGGAGAUGUUGAAGCAGAUCACUCGACGCCUGGAGAGUUGCUUAGGUGGGUUAAAAGGAUCGGAGACUCCAACGGAAGACUUGGUGCAUCAUCUCCCUCCCAGAAUUCCUAUUCGACUUUGA